GGAAGUGGCGGUAGCUCUCGCUACCCACCCCGGAAGUGGUGACUUCAAGGUUUGGGGCUGGUUUUGACUCCGGUGUUACGAUGGGUUGCGACGGGGGAACGAUCCCCAAGAGGCAUGAACUGGUGAAGGGGCCGAAGAAGGUUGAGAAGGUUGACAAAGAUGCUGAACUAGUGGCCCAGUGGAACUACUGUACCCUAAGUCAGGAAAUACUAAGACGCCCAAUAGUUGCCUGUGAACUUGGCAGACUUUAUAACAAAGAUGCUGUCAUCGAGUUUCUGCUGGACAAAUCUGCCGAGAAAGCGCUGGGGAAGGCCACAUCUCACAUCAGAAGCAUGAAGAGCGUGACAGAACUGAAGCUUUCUGAUAAUCCUGCCUGGGAAGGGGACAGAGGCAACACGAAAGGCGACAAGCACGACGACCUCCAGCGGGCUCGCUUCAUCUGCCCAGUCGUGGGCUUGGAGAUGAACGGGCGGCACAGGUUCUGCUUCCUUCGGGGCUGUGGCUGUGUGUUUUCUGAACGCGCCUUGAAAGAGAUCAGAGCGGAAGUUUGUCACACGUGCGGGGCUGCCUUCCAGGAGGAUGACGUCAUUGUGCUCAACGGCACCAAGGAGGACGUGGAGAUGCUGAGGAAGAGGAUGGAGGAGAGGCGGCUGAGAGCGAAGCAGGAGAAGAAAACAAAGAAGCCCAAGGCAGCAGAGUCGGUUUCGAAAGCAGACGCCUUGGAAGACUUGCCAGGGCCAUCCAAAAUCAAGAACGGCAAGCCCGAGGACGCUGGCCCCGAGGCCCGAGAGAAGAGAGGCGCCCCAGCUCCUUGGAGCACGGCCUCCAGCGGGGUGGCCUCCGGGAAGGCAGGGAAGCCCCCAGGCGGGCCCCAGAAGCGGUCCAUCGCGGACAGCGAGGAGUCAGAAACCUACAAGUCCCUCUUCACCACGCACAGCUCCGCCAAGCGCUCCAAGGAGGAGUCGGCGCACUGGGUCACCCACACAUCCUACUGCUUCUGAGCCAGCCAGCGCCACCGCCGGCAGUAUAAAGUGCCCCGCCAGCCCCGCGCCCGCGUGCUCCCUCCUGCGGGAGCCCUGGGGGUGGGGGGCUGGGCAGCUGGCGGCCAGCAUCCCCCUGCCCUGGCCUUCCCAGCUGAAAUCUCGAUGGCUUCGCCGCAGUCAUCACAGUCUCGGGAAGCUGCCUGAGAGGAGUUUUGGAUCCCGGCCCGCGGGCACCCUUGGGAGACACCUCGCGCGCACCGGGAGGGGCUGGGCCUUGUCCAGCGCUUGCGGGGAGGGCUGUGUUCUCACUUUGAACAGCCUAGAGAUUAGCUGCGCACGUACUGUGAUACAAAAUAAAGCUGGCUGCCUUUUCUCUCA